AUCAAAUUUCUGUUCCAACACUAGCCCCAUCUUUUACACUUACUUUUCCAACACACCCUUGCCCUUCGAUUCUCGUACCUUUUCACUCUUUUUCUCUAAUUUCCGAAAAGCCCCAAAUUCUAGGGUUUCCAUCAACCUCAAAGUCCCUGCAACACCAUUUCUGUUCAUUGCAAUGGCAAGGGGAAAGCUUAUAUUAAUUUGCCAAUCUGGUGGUGAGUUUGUCACAAAUGAGGAUGGAUCAAUGUCAUAUACUGGAGGAGAAGCACACGCUGUAGAUAUCAAUCGUGAAACCUUAUUUGAUGAUCUGAAAUUAAAAUUAGCUGAAAUGUGGAAUUUGGAAUAUAAAUCCCUAUCCAUCAAGUAUUUUCUCCCUGGAAACAAGCAAACUCUAAUCACUUUAUCUAAUGACAAAGACCUCAAAAGGAUGUAUGACUUUCAUGGGAGUUCAGUAACUGCUGAUGUUUUUGCCAUGGGGAGAACUGGUUUUGAUCGUGAAGCCUUGAACAAUGGUAACAGGGCAUGUGGGAUAAAACUAGCUGAAACUGUAACCCCUAUUGCUGCCUGUACUACCUCCGCAGCUGCAUGUCAUGCUGCUACUGCUACCCCUGUUGCAACAUAUACAACUGCAGCACCCAGUAAUGCUAAUUCCUCCACGAGUCCUGAAGCUAUCACCCCACUUGCUGCAGUCCCUCUUCCUGGAGGAACACCUGCUGAUUCUGUUAGAUCUGUCAAAGCAACUGCAAAAAGUCCUACUGGGGCGAUCAUUAAUUCAAACCUUUCUUCUGCCUAUACUGCCACUGAGAAUCUGGAUGCUGCUAAUUCUAGUCCUUCUGGUUCCGUUGCUGUUGCCACUGAUGCAACUGCCCAUGACCCAACCAUAAUUGACAUGUGCUCUACACCCGCUGAUACUGUUAAGAAACGUAGGCGAACUGCAUCCUGGAAAAUUGGUGCAAAUGGUCCUGCCAUUGUCGCUGUCACUGACUAUGUUGAGGAAAAAAGGAAAAUUACCUCUAGAAAAAAGAAUAUCCAAAAUCUCAGCAUUGCAGUAGUAGCUGAUGAUUUGAAGCAACAAGGAGAUAUAGUACCCUGUGAAGAUGAUUCCAACAGUUCACUUUUUCUUGCUAGUUCAAAUGAUGUUCCACCAGACAAACUAGUUGAAUCUUGGAAAGCUGGUAUUGUUGGUGUAGGUCAGGAGUUCAAAAGUGUGAAGGAAUUUCGUGAUGCACUGCAGAAAUAUGCUAUUGCGCAUCGUUUUAUGUACAGGUUGAAGAAGAAUGAUACUAAUCGUGCAAGUGGCAUAUGUGCAGCACAAGGCUGUUCUUGGAGGAUUCAUGCAUCCUGGGACUCAUCUUCACAAUCAUUCAGGAUAAAAAAGAUGAAUAAAUCACAUACAUGUGGAGGGGAGUCGUGGAAGUCAGCUCAUCCAUCAAAGAAUUGGUUGGUGAGUAUCAUUAAGGAAAAAUUACGAGAUAACCCACAUCACAAACCAAAGGAAAUCGCUAACAGCAUUCUUAAGGACUUUGGAAUUGAGCUGAAUUAUACUCAAGUAUGGCGCGGAAUUGAGGAUGCCAGGGAGCAACUUCUGGGUUCGUAUAAAGAGGCAUAUAAUCAGUUGCCUGAGCUUUGUGAGAAGAUGGCGGAGGCAAAUGCUGGUAGUUUUGUUAAGCUUUGCACUGCUGAAGAUAAAAGAUUUCAGCGUCUUUUUAUAUCAUUUCAUGCCUCAAUAUAUGGUUUUGAGAAUGGUUGUCGCCCCCUUCUUUUCCUUGACACUACAUCUUUAAAAUCAAAGUACCAUGAGAUUCUGUUGACAGCUACUGCAUUGGAUGGGGAUGAUGGUAUUUUCCCUGUUGCAUUUGCUAUAGUAGAUUCCGAAAAUGAUGAUAAUUGGCAGUGGUUUUUGGAGCAGUUGAGAUCUGCAAUAUCAACUUCACGAUCCAUAACUUUUGUCUCUGACAGAGAGAAGGGUUUAAAGAAGGUAGUACUUGCAGUAUUUCACGAUGCUGGUUAUGGUUACUCAAUUUACCACCUUAUGGAAAGCUUCAAGAAAAACUUGAAAGGCCCAUUUCAUGGAGAUGGAAGGGGUUCUUUGCCUGGCACUUUUGUUGCUGCUGCCCAAGCAGUCCGACUUGAUGGUUUUAGAAUGUGUACUGAGCAAAUUAAACGGGUUUCUUCAAAAGCAUAUGAUUGGGUCAUGCAAAUUGAGCCAGAAUAUUGGACGAAUGCAGCAUUUAAAGCUGAGCGCUAUAAUCAUAUUACAGUAAAUGUUGCUGAGUUAUUUACCAACUGGAUAGACGAAGUGCGGGAGUUACCCAUAAUACAGAAGAUAGAAGUGCUAAGGAGUAAGAUGAUGGAGUUGCUUCAUACUCGUCAAAUUGAAGCAAGUAGGUGGUCUACAAAACUUACUCCAUCCAAGGAGGACAAAUUACAUGAAAAAACUCCUAAAGCAAAUGGCCUUAAAGUCUUAAUCUCAUCUGAUACCCUAUUUGAGGUUCACGAUGAUUUAAUUAAUGUUGUGGAUAUUGAUAAAUGGGAGUGUAGUUGUCUAGGAUGGAAAGCAACUGGGCUACCUUGCCACCAUGCUAUUGCUGUCUUUAAUUCUACAGGUAGGAAUGUGUAUGAUUAUUGUUCAGGGUACUUCACAGCUGAUAGCUUCCGUCUAACUUAUUCUGAAUCCAUAAACCCUGUAUCUGCUAUUCCCAAGCCUUUGAGUGAUGGAAAAACUGCCUUAGAUUCUCCGCAAGUACUUCCUCCUUGCACCUCCCGGCCGCCAAGCCAACAUAGAGAGCCUACCAGUACCAAACCUGAGGGAGAGUCCAACAAAAGGCCAGUUUCUUGCACUAGAUGCAAGGAACUGGGACAUAAUAAAUCUACAUGCAAGGCAGACUUAUAGUUCUUGUGUACUUCCUUUAGUAGGUAUGACACUGUACAUUGGUAAUAAUGUCAUUACUGUUUUCUAACAUUGUCUCAAGCCAGUCUGUUUGAUUAUCGAUAGUUUCUUAUGUUCUUAGUUU